UUCCGUUUCCGUACAGCCGUAAACAACAUGGCGAAGGCCGGCGAGAAAAGUGUUGGUGGCGGCAAGCGAGGCUUGAAGAGGAAAGCUGCCGCUGAAGAGCCUCAAGAGGCUGCGGCCGCGAGCGAUGGGACGGCGGAGAGCGGGGUGCAGCCCGCGAAAGCGGCCGCCUUCCCCCCGGGCUUCAGUAUCUCGGAGAUUAAGAACAAGCAGCGGCGACACUUGAUGUUCACGCGGUGGAAACAGCAGCAGCGGAAGGAAAAGUUGGCAGCUAAGAAAAAACUUAAAAAGGAGAGAGAGGCUCUUGGCGAUAAGGCUCCACCAAAGCCUGUUCCCAAGACCAUUGACAACCAGCGCGUUUACGACGAGACCACAGUAGACCCCAAUGAUGAAGAGGUGGCUUACGAUGAAGCGACGGAUGAAUUUGCUUCUUACUUCAACAGACAGACGUCUCCUAAGAUUCUUAUCACAACGUCAGAUAGACCUCAUGGGAGAACAGUUCGACUCUGUGAGCAGCUCUCAACAGUUAUACCAGAUUCACAUGUUUAUUACAGACGAGGACUGGCUCUGAAAAAAAUUAUCCCACAGUGCAUUGCAAGAGAUUUCACAGACCUGAUCGUUAUUAAUGAAGAUCGUAAAACACCGAGUAUCCUUUGGAUUUCAUUUUAAGGAAACUUUCCUGUCCUUUUCCUCGCCUAUUUUUAAACAUAUAAAAGAAUAGGAAAAGGCUUCCCAUCACUUCCAGAAUGGAUGUUUUCUGUAACAUUGUAUCUCUAUCCCAGAUGCUAUGUUUUGUUUGUUUUUUAAUUUAUCAAAACAUUUAUCAGGCAGGUGCUAUGGCUAAAACACUGCUGUAAUCUUUAGUAAAGGGUGCAGAUAUAAUAGUCAAGCAGCCAUAGUUCAGACAAAUAGUUCUGCCAAUUAACAGAACAUUGUUCGAGGGACAUGGACUUUAUACAGAAGCUUGAGCAUGGUCUGCAUGGGAAGGGGUAAUGAAUGAGGCAGAGGAGUAGUCAUUUGGAAUGGAGGAGCAUGACAGCGCUGGCCCAGGUGACACCAUGACUUUGGUAUCGCUUCAUCUUCCGCUCUCAGGAAGCAUAUCGCUUCAUUGUUCUGAGGUAGGAAUGAAGCCUUGCUAUGUGGCUCCUGGUGUUUUGGUUGCUAGGAACAAUGAAACUUUUCCUGUAAGUCUCACAUCUGAGACAGAUGUCAUCUGACUCCAAGGUAUUUCUGUUGAGAUGAAAGAAUAUAAAAUACAUCUAGAUUCUUAUAGUUGCUAUUAUUUUUUGAACAGGGCCUAUUAUCUCAGUAUCUAGGAGAUGACCAAGUGGGUGAGUCAGAAUAGAAAAGAAUUUGUAAAAAUAGCAAUAGAAUGUUCUGUUCUGCACAGGACAACACAUUCUUUUCAUAUCAAUAAACAUUCAGUGUUUUAAUACACUCUAUUUUUACAAGCUUUCAUUGUUUUUAAUAUAAUGUAAGCAUAUUAUUUUGUUUGCCUGUAUUAGUUUUCCAGAAACUAAAAUAGCAAAACCUUUUUAAUGUGGCAUUUGUUGACUAGAUUAUAAUUAAGUUUGACUAGGUUAGUAUAUUUUAUAUGACUAAUUACUCCAGAAAAGAAUGAUUUUUAAAGUGAUUGCUGCCUGUAUCACAGCUUCCCCAAAUAGAACGACAAGGUCAGUUUUGGUUUUAGCAAUUAGGUUGUCGUCAUUUUAAAAUUGUCAAUUCCACUGUAAGAAGCAAGCAUUCAUCAAUUUAAUACAGUUUUCUCUUUGCUUUAGUGUCUUAUAUAGGUGCACAAGUGAUAGCACACGUAGCUUUCAGAAAGCCUGCACUGCCUGACAGACAUCCUUUUCUCUGAAACAUUCCCCAUCCUGUUUCACCACACACUCGCACUGUAGGGCCAGCCUUCAGCCUCUUCUCCGUUACUGAAACAGACAUGGUGACUGUUUGCCAUGAAUUUUGUUAGUUUAACAAUACAACUUAUGUAUCCCCC